AUGAUACCGACUCCAGACCUUUCGCAUCUGACGAAGGAUGACUACGAGCACGUAUAUGAGCCCGCAGAGGACACAUUUAUACUUCUUGAUGCGCUGGAAGAGGACGCAAACGAACUGCGAUCCUUGAGUCCGCUUGUAUGUCUUGAAAUAGGUUCAGGGUCAGGCUGUGUGUCCAGCUUCGUGGGCAGCAUCCUGGGGCCAUCGAACUCAUUAUACCUCUGCACGGACAUCAACCCGCACGCAUGCCGCUGCAUCAAGCUCACCGGCCGACAGAACAAAAUUCCACUCGAGCCCAUUCUCGCCUCCUUGGCGGGGCCCUUCAUGUCUAGGCUACGGCACGCCGUGGAUGUGCUGAUUUUCAACCCGCCCUACGUGCCGACCUACAUCGAGGAGGCCCACGACGCCCAACACGGCGCUGACAUCGAAGGCUCCUGGGCGGGCGGCCUCGAUGGCAUGCAAGUCACGAACGUCCUCCUUGACAAUGUCGAAGAUUUGCUUUCGCCCAAAGGCCGGUUCUACCUCGUCGCCGUCAAGCAAAACGACGUGCCGGGCAUCCAAGCCCGCAUGCAGCGGCAGCACGGUCUACGCAGCGAGGUAGUGCUACAACGACGAGCAGGCCGAGAACAUCUCUUCGUCGUACGAUUUUUCCGGUGA